GUUUCACCACUUGAACUUGGGACCCUUUGCUGCCCUCAGCUCAGAGUGCGGGUGAGCGCGCGAGCUCGGGAGGAGAUUGGCACGCGGCAUGAACCUGGAGGCGGGCAGCCGGGGCGCAGAGUUCGGCAUGAGCGCGGUGAGCUGCGGCAACGGGAAACUCCGCCAGUGGCUGAUCGACCAGAUCGACAGCGGCAAGUACCCCGGGCUGGUGUGGGAGAACGAAGAGAAGAGCGUCUUCCGCAUCCCGUGGAAGCACGCGGGCAAGCAGGACUACAACCGCGAAGAGGACGCCGCCCUCUUCAAGGCCUGGGCGCUAUUUAAAGGAAAGUUCCGAGAAGGUAUCGACAAGCCAGAUCCUCCUACUUGGAAGACAAGAUUACGAUGUGCUCUGAACAAAAGCAAUGACUUUGAGGAAUUGGUAGAGAGGAGCCAGCUGGAUAUUUCCGACCCGUACAAGGUGUACAGGAUUGUUCCUGAAGGAGCCAAAAAAGGAGCGAAACAGCUCACUCUGGAAGACACACAGAUGGCCAUGGGCCACCCCUACCCCAUGACAGCACCUUAUGGCUCACUGCCAGCCCAGCAGGUUCAUAAUUACAUGAUACCACCUCACGACAGAACCUGGAGGGAAUAUGCUCCUGAUCAGCCACACCCAGAAAUUCCCUAUCAGUGUCCUGUGACGUUCGGCCCCCGCGGCCACCACUGGCAAGGCCCAUCUUGUGAAAAUGGUUGCCAGGUGACAGGAACCUUUUAUGCUUGUGCCCCACCUGAGUCCCAGGCUCCUGGAAUCCCCAUAGAGCCAAGCAUAAGGUCUGCUGAAGCCUUGGCGCUCUCAGACUGCCGGCUGCAUAUCUGCCUCUAUUACCGGGAUAUCCUAGUGAAGGAGCUGACCACAUCCAGUCCCGAAGGCUGUCGGAUCUCCCACGGACAUACCUAUGAUGUCAGCAACCUGGACCAGGUCCUGUUCCCCUACCCAGAGGACAAUGGGCAGAGGAAGAACAUCGAAAAGUUGUUGAGCCACCUGGAGAGGGGACUGGUCCUCUGGAUGGCCCCAGAUGGGCUCUAUGCCAAAAGACUCUGCCAGAGCAGGAUCUACUGGGAUGGGCCCCUGGCAUUGUGCAGCGAUCGGCCCAACAAACUAGAAAGAGACCAGACUUGCAAGCUCUUUGACACGCAGCAGUUCCUAUCAGAGCUGCAAGUGUUUGCUCACCACGGCCGGCCAGCACCGAGAUUCCAGGUGACCCUGUGCUUCGGCGAGGAGUUUCCAGACCCCCAGAGGCAGAGGAAGCUCAUCACGGCUCAUGUGGAACCUCUGCUAGCCAGACAACUGUUUUAUUUUGCUCAACAAAACAGUGGACACUUCCUAAGGGGCUACGAUCUAUCUGAACACAUCAGUGCUCCAGAUUACCACCGAUCCCUUCGUCAUUCUUCCAUUCAAGAGUGAGCCAGCCACACCAAGGAUUUGGCUUCGUUGUAUAUACUCUGACAUGGCAGCUGAUUGACGCCCCCUUUUUUCGGAAGCGCUACCUACCAAGUGGGUUCACAGUUGAAGACACCACCAGCAGGGAUCUGUGAUGAAAAACAGCUCUAUCUGCUCAACAGAGGCACUCGUCCCAGAAGAGUGACUCUCAUCCAGGUCUUGACAAGUGCUGGUAUUUUGGUGACCGUGCCCUGGCUUCUAACUGUGAAACCUGAUCUGACCAGUGAUGUGUUUACAUGUACUUAAAUGCCGGCCUGAGCCUGGUGUAGACCGGCUUUUGCUUGAAGGCUGAAAAACUGUCGGUAUGAAUCCCUGACUAGAGAAGGCAGACUUGAGCAGUCCAUUUCUCAGGAAAGUAAAGUCUAAACUGGAGACUAUCCUGCCCACCCACAGAAAAAUGUGUUCUGGAAUGGCGGGGAUCAUGUCUCUCAGCCUUAGUCUAGGUUGCAAUGUCCCUGUCACUCAGUUUCUGCAAGUAGACCCUGUAUCCUGUCUGUUCCUUCUCCUUGGCCUUCCCUCACAGCCAGCUGGUGUACUCUGUGGUCACAUACUUGAGCCAAAAAGCAUCAGGGAUACAUAAGAUGGGGCAUUUUUAAUGUCCUUUCUAACAAUGACUACAAAGCAUUUUUCUUUGUCUCCCUUUAUUAUUUUUUUCUGAAAUAAAGGAAGAAAGGAAGGAAGAGAGAGAGAGAGCUAGAAAUCAAGAGACUGAAUACUAGAGGUAGUUUUUUUUUUUUUUUAAGUUCUGUGCCAUUUCCCCUUCUAUUUGUUUUGUUGGCCAUCCGUAGUCUCCAUGGCAACACUGGAGGGGAGGAGCUUUUGUGCAGGUUAGGAACUAUCAGGACACCAGUGGUUCGGCUGACUGAACAGCUGCAGAGUCAGUAGGCUGUUUCUGUUUAUUUUGUAUGUUAGAUGCUUCCUUGUGCCAGUAAUAGUCAGACAGUCUCAAAAUUACUAGACUUUUCCCAAAAUGCAUUCUUUCACAGAAUUCCAAGAGGCUCAUUUGCCUUCAUAAGUCUGGCCCCUUAUUCUCUUGCUACUGUUUUUGUUUAGGUGACUUUGCCAUGUUCCAGGAUUUCCCCCUACCACCUUGUAUUUUCUGUUUCUCCCAGGCUCAGGAAGAGUCAGCUUGUCUCAAACACACGACACUCAUUUGUUUUGUUUUCUUUCUUUUUUUUUUUAACAUGGUACUCUUUACUAUUUCUUAAGUUACUCCACAGUAUAUAUUCAAAGAAAUGGAGCAUUGGAGUGUCAUUUUUUAUGUUUAAAAAGGAGCCUUUGUGAAAUAAUACACAUUAUGAAAAAUAUCAUCAAUUAGAGAAGGGGGGAAACUGAAAAGCAUUUUAUGUUUAAAUCUUCCUUCCUAGAAUUAGCUCUGAGAGUUCAGUCUGUUCUUUAAAGCUGUUUAGUUUUCUAUACUUAUGCAUGCAGAUGCCUUUUACCUACAGAGAGAGAGAGAGAGAGAGAGAGAGAGAGAGAGAGAGAGAGAGAGAGAGGUGGUGACAGACUCUUAUGGACCUGACUAUGCAGCCUUACCUCACCUUUUGAGUGGCAUGUGGAAUUCCACGGCAGUGUGCCUGGCUGUGGUUUAGGCAUCUCGUUAGCUACUUGUCAGGGAUGCAUCCCAGCAGCCCACUGAGUCUCGUGAACGGAAGUCAUUUAUACAUCUUAUAGAUGCAAAGCAUUCUGGGGUAUAUUAUCCCAAGGGAAGAAAAAAAAAAGUGAGAACCGCUCGAAACUGUAGCUAUGAUCCUGGAGAGUAUUUAACCACACCCUCAGCUAGCACUUCGCCAAAGUUCUCUGGCCUGUCCGGUAUGACCACGACUCUUCCUCCCCCCCCCAAGCAGACGCUUCAUCCCAAUUGCCAUGUGAAUUCUUUUCCUCUACCUUAACGCUAUGCCGUUUUAGCAGUGAAGCUGAAUUUUCUGGAAAAUGCUUGGUCGUUUGGACCACCAACUCCUAUCUCACUUUACAGCCAUGCGUGCUGAUGGCUCCAAUCUUGAGCCACAUGUUGGAAAGAGAAGCACAGAACGGUCAGGCAAACGUUCCUGGUAUAGAAAGGAAUGGCCUCCUCAUCCCUUUUAAAACAAAGCGGCAUGCACGUACUGGAAUCUAGUUUUUCUCAUGGGAAGAUGUUGUGGGAGAGGCAGACUGAGGCACACUGCAUCAUGGGAGGGGGGGAGUAUUCUUGUCCUUGGGCAGUCAUUAAUGUUUAGUUUAAAAUUAAAAAGCCCCAAAUCCCUCUGUUGUUGUCCUAGACAAAGAAGGUUAUAGAAACCACCUUUUGAGAUCCGGCUAGACUCUGGAAUUGGAGCAAUGAGGGGCCUGCCUCAUUGUGAAAAUACCAGGACUGUAGAGGCCUGGGUGGACUGCCUGACUGGCUGUAUGCCGGGUAUAAGGUAUGCCACCAGGCUGAGUUGGUGAGUGGUUAAGGCAUAUGUGAGGUACUCUUACUCUGUAGAGGAGUUGAGUGUGAGCCCCAGCAGUAGAGGAUUCUGGGAGUCUAGGUGUCAUGUCUUAUAUAGGAAAAGCCUUCACUAUUGCUUUAAAAACUUUUAUUCCAUGGGUGAUAUUUUGACCAAAAUUCAAACAAGGUUUAAAUGCCCUUUUGUUCCUCCCUCCUUUCUACAGGUGAAUAUGUUGUUGUUUGUUAUUGCUGAAAAUUGUGAAAUUGUUAAGCUCUCUGUUUUUGUUAUUUAUCUUCCUAAAUCUCGUGGCUGCUGUAUCCACUUUGAUGUUGCCAUAGGGUCAUACAUCUAUUUGCAAGUCGCCUCUUCACUACUUGAGGCCUGUGCUGUAUGCGGGGACUCACCCAGUCUUUGCCAACUGCUGCUCACUGUUACAUGAACACGGGGAAGGUCGAUUUUCCUGGAUCCAUUUUCACCGCUUGGAGAAGCGCAUCUCCCAAGAUUACGAAAGUAGAUCAGAGAAAGGCCAGCAGGCCAGCCCUGUUAGACACUGAAGAUAAGCUUCACACUCUUCAAGGGAAAGACAUCCAUGCCCCCUUGCUCCUAUGCCCUGUGCACCCACUUCAUAGCAAGAGAACUGGGUCAGAGCCCAUACUUUGGAGGUCCAGCCAUGACUGAGCCGGGAAGGCAAGGAUGCCUCCUAUUCUGCAUGCGGGGUUAGCAUAUGCCAUACAUUUUGCUGUAAUACUUGCUUCACAGAGCGAAGUGUGUUUUUAAAUAUUUGAUAAA